GAGGGGUUGCAAAAUAACUACCGUGCGACUACGCGCACUUGACCAACUCUCUCUCUCUCUCUCUCUCUCUCUCUCCUUUUCUUGUUUUCUUUCUUCUAUUAGAUAGACUCUCUCUCUCUCUUUCUCUGUUCUUCAUUUCUCGAACCAAAUCCUCCUCUUUUAGAUACUUGUUCUGUAAUAAUCUCAAGCCAAAUGGGUUCAGAGGAAGAGAAGGUCGUUGUACCGAGAAACUUUAGAUUAUUGGAAGAGCUUGAAAGAGGUGAGAAAGGGAUUGGAGAUGGGACUGUGAGCUAUGGAAUGGAUGAUGCUGAUGAUAUUUUGAUGCAAUCUUGGACUGGUACCAUUAUUGGUCCUCAUAAUACUGCGUAUGAAGGAAAGAUCUUUCAGCUGAAGCUAUUCUGUGGGAAGGACUAUCCUGAAACUCCACCUACUGUGAGGUUUCAGACUCGGAUUAACAUGGCUUGUGUCAACCCUGAUAAUGGAGUGGUUGAACCGAGUCAUUUCCCUAUGCUUGCUAACUGGAGAAGAGAAUACACAAUGGAGGAUUUACUGAUUCAGCUUAAAAAAGAAAUGAUGUCAUCGCACAACCGCAAGUUAGCUCAACCCGUGGAAGGUCACGAGGAAGGGAGGACAGACCCAAAAGGACUAGUGGUGAAAUGUUGUGUGAUGUGAAGGGAGGUAAUGAGGAAUUUGUAAGAAUUAAAAAGAGACAACAAUGUAUAUAAACAGCAAUUAACGCUUUGAGAUGGUCCUGCUACAGAACCUUUUCUUCCACAGGCCUAAUCCUACCCAUUUGAUUAUGUAUUAUUAUGUUAUGUUUGAGAAUAUAUCCACCAAAACAGGUGCCCUUUUAUAAAUAAACCUUCCCCCACUCUCCUUCA